CAAGAGUAUAUAUUUUGCAAAUAAAUACAGAAUAUUUCCCUCUCCUUUACUACCUUGGCCGCACCACCACUUCCCGCCGCCGUACACCGCCGUUCACCGCCGUCUGCCGCCAACUCAAAUAGUGCAAAUUUCAAUGGAAGCUCAAAGUUUGUCUUUUAAACUUUCCUUCAGCAUACCCACUACUUCACCAAUUCAAAAACCCAAAAACCCAUUCUUUCAUAUUUUACACAACCCAUUAAAUAAUAAUCUUACCCUUAAAGGCUCUUUCUUGCAACCCCAUUUUUCUUUUUCUCCUAAAAUUUUACAGUGUAGUAAUUGUUUGCAAAGAAUGGAAAAAGAAGUUAUUACAGUGAAUAAAGAACUUAAAAAGAAGAAAUUGGCAGUUUUUGUAUCUGGUGGUGGUUCAAAUUUCAGGUCAAUUUAUGAAGCUACACUUGAAGGGAUUGUUCAUGGAGAGGUAGCUGUUUUAGUUACUAAUAAACAUGAUUGUGGAGGUGCUAAGUAUGCAAGGGAGCAAGGCAUCCCUGUUAUUUUGUUUCCUAAAGCAAAGAAUUCAUCCGAGGGUUUAUCAGAGGAGGAUCUUGUGGGUUCUCUAAGAGCCCACAACAUCGACUUCAUUCUUUUAGCCGGGUACUUAAAGCUUAUUCCUACUGAGUUGGUCCGAGCAUUUCCAAGAUCAAUAUUUAAUAUUCAUCCGUCACUUCUUCCAGCUUUUGGAGGCAAAGGCUACUACGGCUUAAAGGUGCAUAAAGCAGUCAUAGCUUCUGGUGCUAGGUAUUCUGGUCCAACAAUCCAUCAUGUUGAUGAGCAUUAUGACACCGGACGUAUUCUUGCUCAAGGGGUUGUGCCUGUGCUAGCUAAUGACACAGCAGAAACACUUGCUGCAAGGGUUCUUCAGGAGGAGCAUAAAAUAUACGUGAAAGUAGCGGCAGCAUUAUGUGAAGAGAGAAUCGUAUGGCGCCAAGAUGGUGUCCCUCUUAUCCGGAGCAAAGAAGAUCCCGAUCACUACAAGUAGCAAAAUGCUUAAUAAACGAAGCCGGAGAUCAGUAACCUGCGUGUUAAGUUACUAAGAUGCUAACAUAAUUUUGGCAUGGAUGCCUCGUGGAAGGCGUACCAACAUCCUUAAUUGUUCGACUGACCGAUAUACGAUAAAAAUUUUGCAUUCUUAAUGAUGUAGAUGGAUAUUAUACGUCUAUAACUUUUGUACCAAUAUGUUUGGCAACUUUUUAUGUUUUCAUCUUAUGAAAGAAAUAGCUUGUUGUUCCUUGACAUUGCUGGAUAUUAAAUCAGGGUUGCAAACCUGGACUUUAUGAAGAUAUCAUGUUGUGAAGCGGA